CCCUCUUGGCCAAGCAUCCUCAGGAACCACAUCCAGCAGACCUAUCCUACCUCUGCCACCUCUGCCAUGGCUGCAAGAACCAUUAUCAUCGACCACGGGUCCGGCUUUCUGAAGUCCGGCUUGGCCGGGUGGAACGAGCCCCAGCUGAUCUUCCCGAGCAUCGUGAACUACAUCCCCUGCAGGGAGAACCCCGGCCCCAGCUACGCCCGGCGGCGCGUGAGUCUAGGCAUCGACAUGUGCCGGCCUGACACCUUUAGCUACCCCGUGCAGCGUGGCCGUGUCCUCAACUGGGAGGGUGUGGAGCACCUCUGGUCGUUUGUCCUGGAGAAGCACAGGCAGGAGCAUGACGACUCGCCUGUGAUGGUCACAGAGUCCCCGCUGAAGGAGCCUGGUGACCGACAGAAGACCCUGGAGAUUAUGUUUGAGUUACUGGAUGUCCCGUCCGUCCUCCUGGCUGACCAGCUGGAGAUGUCUCUGUACGCCUCCGGCCUCCUGAGCGGCGUGGUGGUGGAUUCGGGCUACGGCCUGAGCCGCGUGCAGCCUUUCCAUCUGGGCCGCCCCUUGCGGUCCAGCGCCAAGACGCUGGAGUUCGCAGGCCAGGAUCUCUCGGCUUAUCUCUUUAAGAGCCUCUUCAAGGAGAAUGUCGACCAGCACAACCUGUUUCAGCUGGAAACGGUGAGCACCACGCAGAUGAACAAGUGCUACGUGCCGCAGAAUCUGGGGGAGGCGCUAGACUUUUGUCAGAACCUGCCGAGGGGCUCGGAUGAGAGUAACACCUAUCGCCUCCCUGAUGGUACCUGCGUGGAGCUGACCCCCUUGCAGCGCUUGGCCCCUGAGAUGUUCUUCAGCCCCCAGGUGUUCGACAUGCAGGGGCCCAGCAUCUCCCAGGUCGCCUUGGAGUCCAUCGAGACCUGCGAGGCCGCCCUGCAGCCUCUGCUCGUCUCCCACCUCGUGGCCUGCGGGGGCAACACCCUCUAUCCUGGCUUCACCAAGCGCCUGUGCAAGUUGGUUGCCGAUCACUUCUGUUCCAGCCAUGCCAGCGUGUGGAUGGGUUCCAACAGGAAUUUUAGCGUGUGGCUGGGAGCAUCCAUAGUGGCUCAUCUGUCGACGUACAAGGCUGGAUGGCUGACCAGAGAGGAGUAUGACGAGAGCUUAAAGCCGUGACCCGCUGGCUGGUUCCUGGGACCCGGCUCCCAUCAGAUGGGCACGGGUGGAUCCAUUCCAGCAAUAGGGGCAGGGCCAGGGUGGGGUUAGCCAGUUUUGGAAUUUGGAGGUCGCCAGGGAUUUUUUUUUUUUAUUAAAUCCUAGGGUUUUAUCUUGUUUCAAGAUGGGAUCCAACCCAUGGGAGGACAGGGUGUGGCCCACUGGGAUGGAUGACAGUGGCCAGUGGCCAUCUCCAUGCUCUGUAGCCACUCGUUUGUCCUGGCAUCUCCCUUGGGUGGUCCCGUUCCUUUGAUGGAGUAGGUUUUAACUGGGGCAAGAGAGACUUAUUUUUGAGUAGGGAUGGGGAGGGUGGGGACGGGGAGAGUUGAAGUUUCUAGACCUACAUAGUCUUUCUGGCCCGGGAGGACAUGCUACAGGGAGAUGGCUGUGCCCUGCCUGUCCCAGGGCCCCUGGCCAG